AUGUCUAGGAAAACUCCUUCAAUAUUUGCUAUUAUAGUAUAUCAAGGGAUAUAUCUUUUGGCGGGAAUUUAUCAAACACUUAGUAUACAAUAUUUAUAUUAUCAAGGAGCUGCUAAUGAAAAAAGUCUUUUGGUGAAUGUUAUACAUUAUAUUGGUGCAGCCUUGGUUGGAAUAUUACUUAUGCCCGCAUGGUUUGCAAAAAGAAAAGCACAUGAGACCAUCAUAGAUAAAACUGAUGACCCAGAAUUUGACAUUGUAACGAAAGCUCUUAAAGAUUAUCA